CUAUCUCUUCAAGGAAAAAUGACAUUUGGACUUGUGAUUCUUAACCAGCCUAUAGUUCGUGACCAGCUGGAAUAUUUAUGGAGCAAAGCUGUUAUGAAAGCUUGUGCAGAUGGAGGAGCAAAUCAACUGUACCAGAUAACAGAAGGAAUGCAAGACAGAUUUUUGCCAGACUUUAUUGCUGGAGAUUUGGAUUCUAUUCGUCCUGAAGUUAGAGAGUUUUAUAACGCUAAGGGUUGUGAAAUAACUAAAACACCAGAUCAGGACUUCACUGACUUCACCAAAUGUCUUAGCCUUCUACUUAAAAAGUUGAAAGAAAACGAGGUGCAGGUUGAUGCCAUUGUAACUCUGGGAGGGCUUGCGGGCCGUUUUGACCAGACCAUGGCCACUGUUGAAACUCUUUUUCAUGCCAAAAAUAUGACUAGUCUUCCAGUUCUAGUUAUUCAAGACAGUUCCUUAGCCUGUUUACUUCAGCCUGGUCAACACAUACUGAAAGUGGCCACAGGCUUGGAAGGAGAGUGGUGUGGCCUCAUUCCAGUAGGACAGUCUUGUAUUGUCACAACCACAGGUCUUAAAUGGAAUCUCACCAACCAACUUCUGAAAUUCGGUGUGCUUGUGAGUACCUCAAAUACUUAUGAUGGAAGUGGCACGGUGACUGUUAAAACAGACCAGCCUCUGUUGUGGACUAUGGGUAUCAAGAAAGAUCAAACAGAUGAACUAAUAUGACAUCCUAAAGAACCGACAGAGUCUGACUCUCAAGCUUGGAUACCAUAUCCGUCUUGCAAUACUAAUUGUAUCAUUAUUAACACAUUUUGCAAAAGAAAAAAAAUACUGUGAUGCAUUUGUGUAUUUCUGAAACAGAAUAAAGGGAACACGCACUAUA